GUAGACUUUUCCACUCAAGUUUCGCUACUGAAACACCUGCAGGCGCUACAUAGGGAGUUAACGUUAUUGUGUUUUGCAGAACCAUUUUAAGCGUUUUAUAAGACUCAAUUUGUAUAAAGUUGUGUUUUGAACUGUAUCUCAUAGAGUUGCCGAAGCGUUUUGGCCAAAUAUGGGGCCUUUUGCGGGUCGGGAUUUGUAUUCGUUGCUCCUGGUGGCCUCUUUUCUCCAGGUGUCGCAGGCCACUUACCUGUGCACCGCAUACCUGAACGUUUCCUACGUCGUUCCUGAAACAAACCAAACGACGUGGUAUCAGGACGAAAUCGGGUUGUAUGGACAAGAUUCACCCAAAGCUUCUGUCUCGGGGAAUUUAUAUUUAGCCGACCCAAUCUACGGCUGUGACCGGGACACGGUUUAUCACCGACCGAACGGCACCAAGAGAUGGAUCGCCUUAAUUCAGCGCGGAUACGGAUGCACGUUCAGCGACAAAAUUAACGUGGCGGCCAAGAACGGGGCUGUCGCUGCUAUUAUUUUUAACGAUUAUGGGACGGAUAAUCGAGUUAUUCAGAUGUCCCACCCAGGCACAAACAUCGUAGCAGUUAUGAUUGGCUACGCCAGUGGGAUGGAGAUGGCGAUGCUGCUACAGCAAGGCAUCCCAGUUACCAUAGCAAUAGAUGUUGGGAAGCAGCAUGGUCCCUGGAUGAGUCACUACUCUGUGUUUUUCGUCUCCAUCUCCUUCUUUAUCGUCACCGCGGCAACAGUCGGAUACUUCAUCUUCUAUUCGGCCCGGAGGCUGAACAACCUCAGGCAGCAGAACCGCAGUCAGAAAAAGCUGAAAUCUGAAGCAAAAAAGGCAAUUGGUCAGCUGCAGGUUCGCACGUUGCGACCAGGGGACCAGGAGACUGGCCCUGAUGCGGACACCUGCGCAGUGUGUAUCGAGUUGUAUAAACCAGGAGACGUCCUGUCAGUUCUCACAUGCAAUCAUUUCUUCCAUAAGUCCUGCAUAGAGCCAUGGCUGCUGGAGCACAGAACCUGCCCGAUGUGCAAAUGUGAUAUCCUUAAAGCCCUCGGAGUCGAGAUGGAUGAGGAGGAGCAAGCACAUAUUUCAGUGCCUGAUUUCAGAUCUUUUUCCAUCUCCGAGGACCUGCAAAGUGAGACCGCAUCACACACACAAAGCGAGACUCCAUCCUCUGGAUAUGCAUCCAUGCACGGAAACGAGCCAUCCGCUACUACUGAAGAAACGCAAAACGCUCAGCGAGUGGAACAGCUAGAUGUGUCUCCUCUAUAUGAUAAUCUUGCCUUCGAGAGCGAUGUUCACCACCAUGAUGAAGUCAGGACCUGAGCAGCACAGACAACCACUAAUACACUACACUGAUAAAGAGGAAUGAGUUUGAGGACUUAUAGUCAUAUUGAAGCACUGCUGAGCCCUUUUCUGAUUAGUUUCUGACUAAGUGCCUAUAAUAUUCUCUCUCUCUCUCUUUCUGUGACUAUUUGACACUGUGGGUAAUCUCAGUAAUUUCUGGGUCAAUCAGAGGUCAUGAUUUAAUUAUCUGUGAUUAAUUCCGGGUAUUACUAUACUUAUUCAGGGUAUAAUUCCCACUGUGGUUUUGUCAGGCUAGAUGAUGUGUUCAAAGCAGCUGUGGAAACACAGCAAGAGAGAGAGAGAGAGCGAGUGCUCCACCUGCUGUACAUCAAUAGACAUAACACACUGUACUUCCCUCUUGCCUUUGUUUUCAUAGUUUAUUCACGUAUAUGGUUCCAGUUUUGAUGGAAUUUUUAAAUUGCAGAGUAUAUUGUGCCUUACACACACUUAUGUAUGUGUGCAAAUGUAAUGGGGCUACUUUUAGGAUGUCUUAAAUGAGAUUUGAAUAUUUAAAUAAGGGAUGAAAAUAUAUUCUUUACUCUUUUACAAAAUGAAAAGUAAUACAUUAAAAUUAACAUUGUAAAUAAAAUAUUUUAUGAAAA